CAGCGACUUCCUACUUCCGGUAAUUGGCAGGUUCGUUUGGCAGCCGGGUUGUUUCUAUUUUGUUUCCCAAACGUUUUGUUCCCGAAAUAACCACGUUUACCAUGACAACUGAAAUAGAAUGGCGUAGAAGAUGGAAGCCUGCCCUUAGUUCAUGUCCCUGGCAGCCUAUUGAAGUUGAUGGAAUUAAAUAUCUCAUCAAGUUUAAGUUCACCGAGAGCUCCUAUGAGAUCCUGAUCACAGACCUGGUCCACUUCUGGUAUGAGGAGCUGGAAGACAUGGCUCUCCGAAAAAGAAUUCAAAAAUUAAAUCCAAGCAUAGAGGCAUCAUUAACAAGGAUUCUGGAUCAAAUCAGGGGUAGUAUUGAAUAUCCAGAAAGGGAGACAACCUUGUCAGUCGGCUUUAAGUCUACAAGUGGGGAAGAUGACCAGGAGAAAAUCAUGUUGAAGAUCACCUCCCAGCUGGCAGGGAUGCCAUUUGUAUGGAACUUCAUAGCCAAUGUGGCCGACAGUGGUAUGGUAUCGGAAAACCUUAUCAUACCAAUGAUGGGUAUGGUCUGUGAGUUGACACGACGACAGAAGGAACUUAUCAAGGUCAUUGAAAACAAGGACAAAGAAAUAGAUGACUACAAAUCACAGGGGGUGAAGACCUCCAGAAAACACAUUGAAACCAAGAGUUUUGUGGAGACAGCAUUCGAAAAUGAGAUGCUGAUGUCAAAGAUGUUUGAAAACUCUGUAAAAUCCAUUGGAAGCUCAGCAUUUGAUGAAGCUGGCCAGGAUUUGUACAGACAAAUUAUGACCAAAUAUGCAUGGAUCAAUAGGUCACCCACAAAAAGGGAUGACGACAAUGAGGAGUUUGAUGAUGCCAGUUUAGGGGAUGUAGCAGAGAGGAAGGGGUCAUCUGGUCCAUCCUGGGGGACAAAUCGCCUCCCUCCAUCCAUUGCUGGUCCAAAGAGUGUGUCUCCAGACAAAGUGCGUCCUAAAACAAGUCCUGCCAAGAGCCCAAAGAGUUCUGCAUCUAACACGCCCGAAGGAUCACCUGUCAAGGACUCUGAGUAUCUACGCAGACAAGCCCUGGAGAGGAGGCUUGAUCAAGAGGAAAUGAAGAAACAUGAAAAGACAAAAAAGAAAAAGAAAAUUGCAUUCUAGUCUUAAUAAUAUCAACCCUAAUUUUGAUGGAAGUGGAAAUUUGUCAGAUAUGACCAGUGACUGUUUCAUUCAAUAAUUUCUCUUGACAGCUGGUAGUGAGCUGACAUUUCCAUCAAAAGUCACAUCAUGCAAGAUUACUUCAUUAACAUCUGGAUUUGGCAAGAGACAUGUAUCAGAAACCAACCAAGGGACCAUCAAAAGUGUGUAAAUUUAAAAAGAACUUCCCAGCUUUUGCAAUACAUGUAUACUUUCUUAAGUUGAUAUAAUUUUUCAAAGUGCACUUCAACCCAACACUUGCUCCCUGAUCUGCCACUGAGAACAAUUCAGUAAUGAUGUCUUAUGUGCCAUCCUCAUAUACCAUUAGCUCUUAUUAGGAAACUGAUAUCUAUAUGUAGCCAGUGUUGUUUUUUGUAAAUGAAAUUAUGACUAUUUAAUGAUUAGAGAGUAUAAAAGCUAUGAAUGUUUAUGUAUGUGAGACUGGAUUACGGGUUUAUUUCUAUUUACAUUAUACUUAAUCAUAUUGUAUCAAAUAAGUAUAUUAGCAAUGAAAUAAAUUAUUUUCUGAGAUAGAAUG